GCGGCUAACAGACUUCAGAGACCAAGACGCUUACGUAUAUGGCUCACCUUUAUCCCCUCCACCUUCGUCUUGGUGGUUCCCUUCUCUGCAGUCGUGAUGGAGUCCUCUCUGUGGCUGCUUCUUUCUCUCGGUGUCUCCGUCCUUUCUCUUCUUCUUCUUUCUAGAGCCGCAAAGAGGUCAUCGAAGUCCGGCGGUCACCAGCUUCCACCUGGGCCGACUCCACUUCCAGUUGUCGGCAACCUGUUCGAGCUCGGAGACAAACCCCACCGUUCCCUCGCCCGCCUCGCCAAGCUAUAUUCCCCAGUCAUGACCCUCCGCCUCGGUCGAGUGACCACCGUGUUCGUCUCCUCCCCGGAAAUGGCAGGAGAAAUCCUGCAGAAGAACGAUGCAGUGCUCUCCAGUCGCUGGAUCCCAGAAGCUGUUCGCGUGUUGGACCAGAGCGAGGCCUCCAUGGUGUGGCUUCCGCCGUGCCAACGAUGGCGGAAACUGCGUAGAAUCUGUAAAACCCAGCUCUUUACUGCAGAAAGACUCGACAGCUACCAGUCCCUUCGGCGCGAAAAGGUACAGGAACUGAUGCAGUACAUCUCUGACAGCACGUCCAAGGGCUUGCUGGUUCACGUCGGGCACGUGGCGUUCAGCACCACGCUGAAUUUAAUUUCUCGCACCGUCUUCUCCGUGGAUCUCGUCGAUCUCUACGCUGAGUCCGCGCAAGAAUUCAAGCAAGUGGUGGAGGGGAUCACGGAGGAAGCUGGGCGGGCGAACCUGUCCGAUUACUUCCCACUGCUCGCAAAGCUCGACCCGCAGGGCAUUCGUCGCCGUUCCACCAAAUACUUCAAGAGGCUGCAUGACAUCUUCGAUGAGCAAAUAGAUCGGCGGCUACACAGGGAACGAGAUCGGUUCAUGUUAGCAUUUGCGUCCAAGUUAAAGUUAUGAUUGGAAAUAGGGUUUCCAUAAAAGUUGAACCUAGAAAAGAAUUGAGGCCACCAUUUGUGUUCUCUAUCUAUUCUACUUGGAUCUACAGCUGGCCCAACUGAUUCAUCGAUGUUGGAUCCACAAAACGAGGAUCACGUGAUUGGAUAUAACUUUUUAAUGUUGGCUUUAUAUUUUAUCCCGGACA